AUGAGCCCACCGAUGGGGAACUCUGUCUCACAGAUGCGAUCCUUCGAUUAUCUACUCAGCACCCAAGAUGGCAGAGGAAUUCUUGUCCUUGAAGACGAACCAUCGGACGACACCCUGCAGAACUGCGCCUGUGCUCCUCUUGCCACAGUGGUCGAAUGGGACGAAGACGGCAAAUGGCUGCCACCCCCAACAGGGGUAAGGCUCUCCGACGAACUGGCAUACAUCGCCACAAAGAGUGAUAUAUCAAGCAAGACCCUGAAACAAACAUACUCUUUCGACUUUGACGGGAAUGGCAUGAUCCAGGUUACAUAUACACCUGAAGACCCAGCACCGUCAUUUGGGCCGGAGCGUCUUUCACUUAGCGAUAACUAG